AUGUUGCAUCGACAGGGCGAAUUCGCUAAGGAAUUGCCGACUCUUGGUACGGCGAUUGCUCUGGUGGAUGGGAAUGUUAAUAGCAGAGUUAAGGGAGCUCUGUGGGCAGCUAAAGCGGAGUGUUACCGACUUCUUGACGACUGGGCUGACUGCAAAACGGCUAUGGAGAAAGCGGUUGACCUCGACCCGUCUAAUAAAGAAUACCUUCAUAGACUGGGGGCUAUAUAUGGGGUAGCUGGCCGAGAUCUUGAAAAAGCAGUGAACUUGUGCAAAAUAUCUGGCGAAGCGGAGGCGUUUAAUACUGCUGGUAUCUUUUUACGUGAUAUUGGACUAACACGAUCGGCCAUUGCUUCCUUUGAGGACUGCUUGAAAGCUGAGCCGGAUCACCGUCAUGCCUCACACAGUAGACUCAUGAGCCUCAACUAUCUCCCUCAGAGGGAUGGCGGCUUGUGGGUGGCCAAGGAGCAUCGCAAGUGGGGGGAGUCUGUUGUGGCUAGGGUCGCUGAGGAAGUUGACAGGAAGACCAUUUUCAGCGCGGACGUUAGUCGAAAGAAUCCCGCAGGCUCAGGCAAGAUUAGAAUCGGCUACGUGUCGCCUGACUUGCGAGGCCAUUCUGUGAGUUAUUUCGUGGAUGGUCUUUUCCGAUGCCAUGACCCAGCUAAGGUGGAGGUCUAUGCUUAUCACGACUCGGCAGUGAAUGAUGCGGUGACUCGGAGACUGCGGGGAUAUAUAGAAAGGCACUCUGAAUGGAAAUGGGUGGACGUGCACGAUAUGGACGAUCGUCAAUUGGCUCGGCAGAUUUGGGAGGAUCAUAUUGACGUUUUGGUCGACCUCGCUGGACACUCUGGUAACAACCGCCUUUUGGUCUUCGCAGUGAAGCCAGCGCCGUGUACUGUUACUUACAUUGGUUAUCCUAAUACGACUGGCCUGCCCAAUAUGGACUUUCGAUUGGUUGAUGAGGUUACUGAUCCUAUAGAGUCUUCGGGCAACGGUUAUAGUGAACAGCUAGUCCGCUUACCUCACUGUUUUCUGUGUUAUUCCCCUCCUGAAAAUGUCCCCGAGUGUGUGUUGGAAGCCCCUCAACGACGCACUGGUGGAACUGCCACCUUCGGCAGCUUCAACACUUUAGCCAAACUGUCUGACGACACUGUACGGGUCUGGGCUCAAAUACUGCGAGAGGUUCCAAACUCGCGGUUGAUGCUGAAAUCGAAAGCCCUCGCUUCGACAGUUGCUGUGGAGAGGCUCAACCGGCUGUUCGCAGAGGAGGGUGUUCCCUCGACUCGGCUGGACUUGUUAGGGAUGACGCCAUCGACUUCAACUCAUUUGGGCAUGUACGGUGAAAUUGACGUUUGCCUGGACCCAUGGCCUUACGCUGGGACUACUACAAGUGCUGACGCUAUGUUUAUGGGAGUGCCAGUAGUGACACUGGCACUGAAGAUGCAUGCCAUUCACAAAGGGUUACUGCUAGCUUAG